ACGACUUGGAAUACUGGGGCGUGGACGAGCUGUACCUCGAGUCGUGCUGCCAGCACAAGUUCCAUCAGCGCAAGGAGCACGUGCACGAGGAGAUGCGCAAGGAGGCGGAGAGCUUGCGGCAGCGGGACGAGGAGGAGUGGGGCGAGGGCCAGUGCACGCAGUACCAACGCUUCCUCUGGGACCUCCUCGAGAAGCCCACCACCUCCAUCGCGGCUCGGGUGAUCGCGGUCGUCUCCAUCCUCUUCAUCGUCCUGUCCACCAUCGCGCUCACGCUCAACACGCUGCCAUCGCUGCAAGUGCACGACGGGUCGGCGGGCGGCGUGCAGGACAACCCGCAGCUCGCCAUGGUGGAGGCCGUCUGCAUCACCUGGUUCACGCUCGAGUACCUGCUGCGCUUCUCGGCCUCGCCCGACAAGUGGAAGUUCUUCAAGGGCGGCCUCAACGUCAUCGACCUGCUGGCCAUCAUGCCGUACUUCGUGUCGCUCUUCCUGCUCGAGACCAACAAGAACGCGACGGACCAGUUCCAAGACGUGCGGCGCGUCGUGCAGAUCUUCCGGAUCAUGAGGAUACUCCGUAUCUUGAAGUUGGCGCGCCACUCCACCGGGCUGCAGUCGCUCGGCUUCACGCUGCGCAACUCGUACAAGGAGCUCGGCCUGCUCAUGCUCUUCCUCGCCAUGGGCGUCCUCAUCUUCUCCAGCCUGGCGUACUUCGCCGAGAAGGAGGAGCCCGGCACCAAGUUCAUCUCGAUCCCGGAGACGUUCUGGUGGGCGGGCAUCACGAUGACGACGGUCGGGUACGGCGACAUCUACCCCACGACGCCGCUAGGAAAGAUGAUAGGCGCAGUGUGUUGCAUUUGUGGUGUCCUGGUGAUUGCGUUGCCCAUUCCCAUCAUCGUCAACAACUUCGCCGAGUUCUACAAGAACCAGAUGCGGCGCGAGAAGGCGCUCAAGCGGCGCGAGGCUCUGGAGCGCGCCAAGCGCGAGGGCAGCAUCGUGUCGUUCCACCACAUCAACCUGAGGGACGCCUUCGCCAAGAGCAUGGACCUGAUCGACGUCAUUGUGGACACAGACCUGCGCACGGCGGCGGGCCACAGCCUCGGGGAGCAGACCAACUCGGAGGGCGAGGCGGUGAGCCAGCAGGGCCAGUCGGAGAAGGGCGCGCUGGCGGAGCCGCGGGGCGUGCUGGGCGCGCUGGGCGCGGCGCAGCCCCUGCUCGUCGACCUGCCGCUGUCGUCCACCGCGCAGCUCAUGGCGCCGCUGGCCGCCGCCCCCGCGGCCGCCCCCAUCGCCGCCGCGGCCCUGGCCGGCGUCAACCCCGUCCCCGCCGCCAACGCCCACCAGGCCGCCCACCACCAGGGCGGCGGCCAGGGCGGCGGCGGCCAGGGCCACCACCACCACCACCACGGCGUCGUCGCCCAGCAGCACCAGCCCGGCUGCGUCAACAGCCAGCAGUGCAGCUUGUCCCUGGACCCGGACGACGCCGACGAGAACGCGCCCCUCACCGUCUCCACCGGGCCGGGCAGCCUGGCGGACGACAGCAAAGACAGCAAGAAAUUCGACAAAGUUGACGAAUUCCCUAGUGAGUUCGAAUGUUGCUUUUGCACCACCAAGAACUACAAGGAAAACUGCGACGCCGAGGGCCUGAUGUGUCUUCCUACGAGCGACUACAAGAACCCCGUGUGUCUUGAGAUGAAGAUCCUGAGCUCCGGACGAGGCCUCGACUUCAUGGACGGCUCGAACGAUCUCGUCUUCAUGGACGACAACAACGACAACCUGAUGGACCAGCCCCUGCCCGACGGCAAUGCCAACAACAUCAACAGCAACGUCAACUACAACAGCAACAACAAUAACAACAACUGCUUUGACGUCGGGAGCGUGGACAGCUCCGGGACGUACGCGUCGUGCCAGACGCAGCCCUUCCUCAGCCAGGGUGACCUGACGGACGGCGACUCAAAUCUGUACAUCAACCCUAUGCAGGGCGUGCAAGCCGACGGCAGCGUGAUCCGGGGGGUGCGGAAGAGCGCCUCCGGGGACACGGCGCUGAGGUCCGUGUGUGCGGCCGCCUCCAUGGACGACGCGGAGCCGCGGAUGGGGUCGAGGGGGUCCAGGACCUCGCUGGGCGACAGCCCACGCCAGCAGCGCAAGGCGCGCUUCCAGCAGAGCGGGAAGGGCAACCGGGGAAAGACGCGGUUCGACGUCCAGGGCAAGCAGUCCUCGUCGCUGGACGGCGGCGACUCGCUGGAGUCACUGGAGUCCAACAGCAAGACGGGGAGGGGGUCGGCGGGCGGUGGCGGUGGGGGCAGCGCGGGCGGCUUUAGGAGGCCCUCGUUCCUGCCGCCCAAGGGCCUCGCCUCCUCCGCCACGAAGAUCAUCAACCACCACAUCUUCAGCUCGCUGGCCUCGUCUAAGGGUAAGGCAGGAGGCAGCAAGUCGUCUCUGUCGGCGGACUCCCCGGAGCGAGGCGGAGCGGGCGGCGGCGGCGCGGCCGGGGCGGCGAGCGCCACGCCGGAACCUCAGCGCCGCAGCAAGUCCAUCCUGAAGAAGGCGGCGGACGGCGGGUCCGGCAGGGGCGGCGCCAGGGCCAUGGACCCGGAGACGGAGAGGCUCAUCUCGGACACGGCGAGCCUGGACAGCGAGUGCUCCCCGGCGAGGAGGCCCGCCAGCGCGGCAGGCCAGCCCGCGCAACCCCAAGCGUCCAAGCCGUCGGAGCGCAACGGCGGCCGGCAGGCAGCUACCAAGCGGCCAGGGACGGCACCGAGCAGGCUGGACAGCAGGCCGGACAGCGGCGCCGCGGACAGCAACAGCAGGACGGCGGACGACGGCCCGGCAGUAAUCGGGCGGGCGGCCAUGUCGGCCAGACACCUCAAGGCCAUGUUCCUGGAGACCGGCCCUGGCGCCGUGGACGUGGGGACCGGCGCCCUGCCCGCCGGCGCCACUGGGGCCUCCGGCUCGCUGCCAGGGGGCGCCGUGACGCGGGGGUCGUCGCUGGAGGACCACUCGGACGCCGAGCAGUCCACGACGGAGGAGACGAGGCUGCUGCGACGCCACCAGUCUGACCAGCCAAGGGUGGCUGCCGCCCGCCCGGCGCACGGCGGCCUCCCCGGCGCCGCGGCCUCCAAGCACCUGCACCAGUCUUAGGCCGCCCCGCGGGGCCGCCACCGGCUGGGACAAUCACGGGACAUUAGUACCGCAUUAUAAUAUUGCGUUCGGCUACACAGGAACCGAUACGACGUAAACUGUUGACUGUUUUAAAUAUUGUGUAAAUAAGUGUGUAGGGAAAGGCGAAACCCACUUCGCCUUGUACAUAUAUUACGUUAUUGAGAAUUUAUUACGCAGCCAAAACGGCUUUCGAGUUAUGUUUAAAAGCAUAUUGCCUGCCCAGAGUUAUCAUAUUGUGACGCUAUCCUGUACAUAUAUUUCCCCCUUCUCAUGUUAUUCCCUUUUUUAAAAAGAAGAAAAAACUUUUUUUUUCUUUUGUACGUAGGCGAACUUGUUUGCUCAAAAAAGACGUUUUUAAUGUUUAACUAGGCCAUGUCGAAUGUGACUGACACGAUAUGUUGGGCACAUGCGUCGUGGUGCCAUUGCAAUAAGUAAUGUUUAUUAGAUUGUGUAACGGGCCUACAAAUCCGUCUCAGCAAGUCGAGUGGUGAGCAAGCACGAGGUCGCACCUUUGCCUCGCCCUCGGCAGGGCCCCUGUGGAUCGCGAGGUAGGCAACCCGCAGCCCGCUCUGCGCGCGCGUUGCCUACCUCCAGCUGCGGAGCUGCUCUGAGCCGCCCGGAAUAAACGCAUCAGGUUUGGUUUCGUUUUUGCUGCACGGCAAAUCCCACGUAAAGAAAUACUUUAAUAGAGAAUACAACCAAUUGCCUUUCCCCCAGGAGGACUGAUUAUUUUCUUGGGAAGCAUUUAGAGGAACUGCAUUUUUGAUAGUAGUUGUUAUGGAUGGUUAUGUUUAACUAAUUAAUGCAAUUCGCAUUCGGGCCUAUCUAAGGAAGAACCCUUUCCGCAGGAUCGAGUGGGAUAAUGUUUAGUUAUUUUAAUGCUGUGAUGUGAUAAAAAAAAUAUGUGAAUAUUUUCAAUUACAAGAGAAUUAAGAGCCUGUUUUCAAUUGAUAUCUGCUAUUUUAGUUUUCGUCGUGUUGAUUUACCAGUUAUUUUCUGUAUUCGGGGAUUUUAUGUCUGCGGGGAAAAGGUUUUCUUACCUCGCAUUAGGUGCCUACCCGAGCAUGUAUAUGUUAAGUUAUUGUGGGUAGCAACAGUUCUAGUUCUUUAUUGGCCGCGUUGUUGCGUAGUGCCGUUAGCAUUCUCUCCGUCUACAAGACGGGUAACAUCGUUUCCCAAUACCAAAACUGUUGUCAGGUCUUAUGGACCCUUUUCUCCAUAAUUGCAUACUUUCUUAAAGCUUCGUUCUGAGAAGAAUGGGGUCGUCUCGUCGGCGGUUCGCUACGAAAUAAAUCCUAUUCAUUACUUUGUCCACAAUAUGUCAUCGCACUCUAUUCAGUAAAUGGCAGACGACCUGGUCUGUCCUGACACAGUAACAUCUGAGAAUAGCUAGUGAAUUCCCCCACCAGGUAGUUAAUAAUAAUUGAUAUGUUCUAAAAUCGUGAUUCUGUGCCGUGGUUUGUUGUCAUAUGUAGAACUCAUGUCGUAGUCUCAGCAUCGGGGUGUUUCUUAUGGGGGGCCAAAAUUUUCACCCUUUCGUUUCUUGUCAAUUGCAAUCUCGUUUGCUUCUGUCUGUAAAUGCUCGGUUUAAACACUUCACGCUCAGACCUAUCGUAAUUUUAUCGGCAUUCACUCCACUUUUCUCUUUCGCUCAGCACGGUCUAAGAUCCCGCACUUGUCAGUAGUUGCUAUCCAUCGUCAUAAUUCGAAUCUUCGCCUCUUGUCUUAGUUGUGAAGUUAUUAGAAAAUGGCUUUGCAGUUAAAGCCGCUUGCACCCUGAAGUGCACAUGACUGAGAGCAAUGGUCGAUAUAUAGUCUUUUACAAAAUUAUGUAAGUAACGAUAUCUACACAGUUGAUGUCCAUGAUUCCCGUCUGUAAAUCCUGACUUAUUUUGAUACAUUUUCAAUUAUCGCACUCUACGUCCUAGCUUUUUAGUGGAAGCUUGGAUAUUUGGCGUUGUUUUAUAGCAUCUCACAGAUGUUUUUGAGAUUUUUUCGCAAAGUUGGAACGAUUGCCUUGAAAAUACAUUAAAACAUACUUUUUGACAAGUAUAUUAACGUCGUGAGAUAUGGCGCUUUCGUUUUCAAUUUGGAAUUACUCUAAGGAAUAGAGCUGAUGGAGCUUGUAGAGGACCUAUCGGACAAUUGGCCAGUGUUUGAAGAACCAGGCCCAUAAUUUGUAUUAGCUUUGGCAUAUAUAAACUCAAAUUAGGUGUCAACAGCUUUGUCAAAAGACAUCAUUCCGAAAAAGUGCCAAACAAAGGUUUCCUUAACUAGGCUUCGCGAAAAUCAUCGGCCCUCGUUGGGCGCUGCAGUGCCAGCAGCUAGAUUUCAAAAUUAUAUUUUUGAAAGAAACAUAAGUAAAUCAAAUUUAGAGAAUCAGUGAUCUAAAAUUCUAAUGGCUUAAACCGCGGUGUCGGUAAAUAACCGUAAUAAGUGUUUUCGAUAUGCUUAGUUUUUGUUACAAUCGACAUGUUCUCUUUCCUGGUAGUACGUGAGUGCUCUCGUAGUAGAUUUAGAGUGCUACAAUUUUUCGGGUAUUUUCGACCGUUAUAAUUUUAUUUUCUGAUAAUUUCUUUACUCCCGCGAUAUGAAUUGGGGAGACUAACGCACUGGCACAGACGAAGUCUGAAGGUGGCUCAUUCAAAUCAUUGUGCGCAACGAAAGCAAUACAAUCUAUCUUAGUUUCUACAGGGUUACCUCGAUGCGUUACCUCGUUACAAUCAUAUCGUUUUUCGAUGCUCACUCUAAAACUGUGUUGUAUAUUGACUAGUGGUGAGUUUGAGCCACGUAUAUUAUUUGUACAACUUUUACCUGUAGCUAUUCCAACAUGUCGGGGUAACCCGUCUUUAACAUAAACUUUCCAACGAACAUUCCAUCUGUUACCAUUUUCUAGAGUUGUAUGAAUUUUACAUGAGCCACAAAAUACAUUAAGUUGUUGUAAUAAUAUUAAAAACAAAGACGUAUUCUAUUGUUUCCUGUAACAAAAUCGUUACAUGAUUAUAAGUUUUGUACUAUUAAAUGGAUAAUGAAUAACAACUGUUAUUUUGAAGUGUUUUAUCGCCCAAAACUGCAUUUUAAUUGUUGAUAUACCCAAUACAAAUAUUGUGAAAUAAAA